AUGGAUAUAUUCCGAUAAUGAAAACUCUUAUUCAAGCAAAUGCAGAUAUAUAUAAUAUUCAUACAUAUGGCAAUAUGGGUGCUCAUGAUGCAGCAUUGGGUGGGAAAUGUGAUGUCAUCACAGUUCUGUUAGAGUCGGGGUUUGAUGUAAACUGCAAAUCUAAAAAUGGAAAUACAUUGCUUCAUUUAGCGGCUUUAAAAGGUCACAGAGAAUUAGUGCAACUCUUGAUCAGUAAAGGGGCAAAUGUCAAUGACAAAGGCAACAUGGGUCGCACAGCAUUACAUGAAGCUGUUGAAUCUAACAAUGUUAGUGUAGUUCAGGAACUCAUUGAGAGUGGGGCUACAGUAGAUGUUCAUGACAAUGAACAAAAAACUUCUUUGCAUCUUGCAACAUAUUUAGGAGAUAUUCUGAUAAUGAAAACUCUUAUUCAGGCACAUGCUGGUAUUUAUAGUACUGACAUAUGUGGCGACAUGGCUGCUCAUGUUGCCGCUAAAUACGGAAAAAAAGAUGCUUUAGAGUUUCUUUUAGGAUUAGGGUUUGAUGUAAAAUGCAAAACCAAAAAAGGAAACACAUUGCUUAAUUUAGCCGCUUCGAAAGGUCACAGGGAAUUAGUGCAACUCUUGAUUAGCAAAGGAGCAAAUAUAAGUGACAGAGGCUGUUAUGGUUACACGGCAUUACAUUCAGCUGUUCAGUCUAACCAUGUUAGUUUAGUUCAAUACCUCAUUGAGCUUGGAGCUGAGGUAGAUGCUGAAAACUGUAUGCUCCAAACUCCUUUGCAUAUUGCAGCAAUGAUGGGGCAUAUGCCCCCACUGAAAACACUUAUUCAAGAAGAUGCAUAUAUUUAUAGUAUCGAUGCUUGCGCUAUUACAUGUGCUCAUGAUGCAGCCUAUAAAGGGAGAUGUGAUGCUAUAGAGAAUAUGAUAAAAUCGGGGUUAGAUGUAAACUACGCAACCAAAAUGGGAAUUACAUUGCUUCAAUUAGCAGCUUAUAAAGGUCACCUUGAAUUGGUGAAACUCUUGAUCAGUAAAGGGGCAAAUGUGAAUGACAAUGACAAAUAUGGUUAUACAGCAUUAGAUGCAGCUGAAGAAUCGAAAAAUGAGGGUAUAGUUCAAUACCUCACUGAAUCUGGGGCUAAGGCAGAUGAUCAUGAGAAUAAACCACCCGCUAAGCAUCUUGCGGCAGUAAAAGGAGACUUUGUAGUAUUGCAAUCACUCAAACAGGAUAAUACUGAUAUAUAUAAUUUACCAAAUUAUGGAGAUAAGGGAUCUCAUGCAGCAACUAUUCACGGGAUAUUUAAGACAAUUGAAUUUAUGUUAGAAUCGGAUCAUGAUGUAAACUGCAAAACUAAAGAAGGAGAUACAAUGCUUCAUUUUGCGGCUUGGAAAGGUCACAGAGAUUUAGUGAAACUCUUGAUCAGUAAAGGGGGAAAUGUCAAUAACAAAAACAACAAUGGUCACACACCAUUACAUGUAGCUGUUGAAUAUAACAAUGUUAGUGUAGUUCAGGAACUCAUUGAGAGUCGGGCUAGAGUAGAUGUUCAUGACAAUCAACAAUGCACUCCUUUGCAUCUGGCAACAAUUAAGGGAUAUGUUCCGAUAAUGAAAACUCUUAUUCUAGCAAAAGCUGAUAUAUACUACGAAACUGUAACUUAUAAAGAUAUGGGUGAUCAUAAUGCAGCAUUGGAUGGCAAAUGUGAUGUCAUUAUUGCUCUGUUAGAAUCGGGGUUUGAUAUAAACUGCAAAACUAAAGAAGGAAAUACAAUGCUUCAUUUAGCAGCUUGGAAAGGUCACAGAGAAUCAGUGCAACUCUUGAUCAGUAAAGGGGCAAAUGUCAAUGACAAAAACAACAAUGGUUGGACAGCAUUACAUGCAGCCGUUUCAUCUAACAAUGUUAGGUUAAUUCAGGAACUCAUUGAGAGUGGGGCCACAGUAGAUGUUCAUGACAAUCACCAAUGCACUCCUUUGCAUCUUGCAACAAUUAAGGGAUAUAUUCCUAUAAUGAAAAUUCUUAUUCAAGCAAAUGCAGAUAUAUAUGACAUUGAUACUUGGGGCGAUAUGGGUGCUCAUGAUGCAGCAUUGGGUGGGAAAUGUGAUGUCAUCACAGUUCUUAAAGGGGCAAAUGUCAAUGACAAAUGUAACAUAGGUCACACAGCAUUACACGACGCUGUUCUAUCUAACAACAUCAGCAUAGUUCAGGAACUCAUUGAGAGUGGGGUUACAGUUGAUGCUCAUGACAAUCAACAAUGCACUCCUUUGCAUCUUGUAACAAUUAAGGGAUACAUUCUGAUAAUGAAAACUCUUAUUCAAGCAAAUGCAGAUAUACAUAGCAUUAAUACUUAUGGCAAAAUGGGUGCUCAUUAUGCAGCAUUCGUAGGGAAAUUUGAUGUCAUCACAGUUCUGUUAGAGUCGGGGUUUGAUGUAAACUGCAAAUCUAAAAAUGGAAGUACAUUGCUUCAUUUAGCGGCUUUAGAAGGUAAUAUGAUGCCCAUUUAUAGGAAGUAUGAAGUCCAUUUGUAG